CACUCGCGUCUUUCGAGUGCCUGUUGAACUGUGCUAACCAUGUCACUUGAGAUGAGACUUCGCCGUAGCACGUCUUAGGGGGGACGUAGAAUUAUGACAUCAAUCCGCAGCGCACUGUUGACUCUCUUUUUUCGCCUAGGAUGCACGCGGCGCUCCUCGCACCAACCGUCCAUCCGAGCCACGCUCUAGCUGCCUCGCGGCGAGGCCAAUAGCGCGCGCUUGACUUCAGCGGAAGCAUGCCCGCGGCGGUCACGUUGCUUCUGGGAAACGACUCCAUCGUCGAUUAUCCCGCUCCCUGCGCUGUUCCUCCGCACCCUGCACACGCCGCUCGCCACAAAUCCGCUCCCCGCCUGCCGGAUUGCGCAAGCCUUGCCGCGCUACGCGGCGAGGCGGCCGGGGGGGGCGUGGCGGGCGGGGGGCUGGAUUAUAGCGAAGGGAGAGAGGUCGCACCGAGUAUGGAGCGACGAAUCGGCCGGGAAUUCGUAGAGGGAGGCAGGAGGGGUAGCCAGGGGCUAGGAGGGGUGAGGAACGGUGAAGACAGAUACAUGAGAGGGCGGGACUCAGUGGACAUGGACGCGUUGUGGGCAGACCCGGUGGUGGGUGGGGGGAAUGGGGAGGGGCACGGCGGAGCGGAUGACGAGGAGCCGCCGCUGGAGCGACUCGAUGCCAUUUCACGACACUCCACCGCGCCGCGGUCGUUGGACCUCGCGCGCCCUGCUACUGGGAAGGUUGGAAAGAGCUCCCUUGAGGGCAUCCCGCGACCGCAGACCGCCGGGCACCGCGCGCAAGGUGCGCACGAUGCUCCGCAUGCGCUCAGGAACGACGGGGCGGCCAAGGUCCAUCCGCGUACCCGCGCAUUGCGCGCGUCGCACCACCGCCGCUGGGCGUCGUUCGACGGAUCGAAUGGUGUGAUGUGGGAAGGGGAAGACAACAUGCGCGCGCAUUCCGCGGAGAAUUCGGCGCGGUCGCCGUGGGGUGGCGCGGCGGAGCAGCAGCUGCAGAGCGCGCUGCUCCCCGACAACCUGCUGCGCGAUUCCUCCCCCUCUGCCUCCGCAGUCGCCGCAGCUUGCCCAAAGCCCUCCGUGCGCCGCACGCGCACGCGGUCGCAGCGGCAGACGCGGGCGAGCGCGGGCAGCCAGCUGCAGAUGCGGUCGCGAUCGCAACUGCAGGGCGGCUCGGGCAAUCAAUCGGAUGGCGAGGUGGACGGCGGCGGCGCGCUGGACGGGUCGUCGGACGACGACGAGCUCUUCCGCCCCAUGCCGCCGCGCGCGCUGGGCGGCUUCGGCGCGCGGUCUGGCAGGUGGGGGGGCGCGAGCGGCGGAGAGCGCGGGUCCGUACUGGAGGCGUGGCAGCAGCGCGAGCUGGCGCAGGUGGAGGAGAAACUGCGCCACGCGGGGGACGGCGGGGGGUUGGGGGCAGGCGCACUGGCGGGAGGGAGCCAGCGGCGGGGAAUGGAUGGACAGGGGGAAGAGGGGGGUAGGCUAGGGGGAGUGGCCGUAGGCGGGGACAAAGGAAAAUGGGGGGUUGAGGCAGAGGAGGUCGGCGCAGCGGAAGGGAAUGGUAGCGGAGCAAUAGUCAGAGGCGCACAGGAUGAUGCGUUGGCCAAUGACUUGAUGACACGUGGGCUCUUGGAUGAUGCUGAAAGAGAUGCGCGGGAGGAUGGCGGAGGAGAGGGCGAGGGCGAGGAGGGAAGGCGGAGGACGGAGCAAGGGAACGACGAGAGUGUGGGGGAGGGGAGGGGAGGGGAGGAGGAUGGCGGAGGGAGGGAGGCAGGCGGUGAGGGGAUGGUGGAGGGCGCAGAAGGGCAAGAGGACGGGGAGAGAGAUGGCAACGAAAUGGGUGAGGAGAGGGGAGAGGAUGGGGGCGGAAUGGAGGGGGGAUGCAGUAUGACUGGGGCAGAGGGGGAGGGGGAUAUAGAGGCGAAUACUGCAGAAGUGCACACGGGGGAGGAGGGGGAAGAGCAGGCGCAGCAGCAGGCGCAGGGGCAGGAGCAGCAGGAGGGGGAGGAGCAGGGGGAGGCUCAUGGGGAGGGCGGGUGGGCCAAGCUUAUGCGGCGCAAUGCCACAAUGCAGGCGGGGGGGGGCAAGGCGGAGAGUGGGGGGGGCGGGGGGAGCCGCCUGGGGCAGCUGCUGCGGAAUGGGACGUUCAGGCGCACGAAGGAGGGCGAGGAGCGCCAUGGCAGCCGCCUGGCGCGCGUGGCCACUGCUGUGCGCGCCGGACUCAAGUCAAGCUCGUCCUUCAAUGCACGGAGGCACCCGCAGCAGCACGAGCAACAGGAGCAGCAGCAGCAGCAGCAGCAGCAGCAACACCUGCAGGAACAGCAACAGGAGGGCAAGGGCUUUGAGGGGCUGGCGGCGCCCAAGCGGGUGCAGUUCCAGAUGCCAGAGCUCGAGUUUGCGACGGACGGGUUUGCGGCGGAGAACAUACUGGGCGAGGGGGGGUUUGGCAAGGUGUACCGCGGGCUGCUGCCGGUGGCGCCGCGCGUGGAGGUGGCGGUGAAGGUGCUGAAGCAGCUGGGCGUGGCGGCGGACGAGGAGUUCCACACCGAGCUCGAGCUGCUCUCCCGCCUCGACCACAAGAACCUUGUGCGCCUCCACGGCUUCUGCUCCUCCGCCCACCACCGCAUGCUCGUCUACGAGUUCCUCCCCAACGGCUCCCUCACCGACCACCUGCACGGCCCCCCAGGAGCCCCCGAGCUGUCGUGGGAGCGGCGGGUGCGCAUAGCGGCGGGGGCGGCACGGGGGCUGGCGCACCUGCACCGGCAGCGGCCUCAGAUCCUGCACCGCGACGUGAAGGCGCCCAACAUCCUGCUCACCACCAACUUCACCGCCAAGGUGGCGGACUUCGGGUGCGCCAAGCUCAUCCGGCGCACGGAGGUGGUGGAGGACCCUUUAACGGGCCGGCAGGUGGAGCGGCUGUGUGACAGCGUGGACUACGCCAUGGGCACGCCCGGCCACAUGGCGCCCGAGAUGCUCAUGACGGGCGAGAUCAGCGCCGCCACCGACGUGUACAGUUUCGGAGUGGUGCUGCUGCAGCUGGUGUCUGGGCGGCUGCCGAUCGACGCCGCCCACCAGCAGCUGACGCACUGGGCGGCGCCGCUGCUGGAGGAGCAGCGGUGGGAGGAGCUGCUCGAUCCGCGCCUGCAGCGCGCACUGCUGGGGCGAGCAGGCUUGGGGGGGGUGGAGGGGAGGGAGGGCGGAGCAGGGGCGGGAGCGGGAGAGCUGAGGCGGCUGUUGGAGGGGCGGUCGGUGAGUCGGUGUCUGCAGCUGGCGGCGUCGUGCCUGGACAUGGACCCGCUGCAACGCCCCUCCAUGGAGGACGUGGCGCUCGCCCUGCUCGCCAUCUACAGCUCAGCCUGUGCAGAGCGCGACGAGGCACUGCAACCAGCGCUUGAGGGCUCCAGAAGCGGCCGAACGCUGCCGCCCGCUGGACCCUCAGAUCCCACAAGGGGGGGAGGUGGGGGAGGGAGUGGGGUGUUGGCGGGUCACGGGGGAGCGAUGGUGGGGCGGGCGGGAGGGGCGAUGGGAGGCAGUGCGCGGAUGGCUGGAAGUGCGGGGGGCAUGCAGGGCUUCUCUGAGUCGCCGGAGCGGACAGCGGGCGUGGCUCAGGCCAGAUUCCAGAGGAACCGGUCGGCCCGACAAACAAGUGUCAGCUUUGGAUGAAGCUCCUGGGGAGGCAUGGCGCAUGCAGCACUGCACAGCAUGCACCCGACUGCAUGGCUUGAGCCACCAUGGCGUGCGCAGGAGUACGAUGAGGCACCUGCCGCAACAAGAUACCGUAUGAGGCAACAAGGAGGAGCGCUCUGGGGGAGGACACCACAGGCUCAUAGCCCCGCAUAUGAAAUUAUUUUAGGCAACAAAAUAUGUGCUGCUGCUGAUACAGGUAUUUAUUGCUUGGUACCGUAUGUGCAACGGGUUGCUUAGGCCAACCAGAGCAGCACGGCACAUUGCCUCCUUGAUCACCCUCUCUGCAUGCUUGCAGCAUCUUGUGUGUGCAUGUGGUUUGUACUACCGUAAUCCCCCGUAUAUAACACCCUAGGGUGUAUAUAAAAUUUCACUAAAAAAAUGACAGGGUC